UUGGAUGUGGAGGGGUUAAUGGAAUUUUGGAAUUUUAUAGGAAAAUGUUAGGUUUUGAUGGAUUUUAGUAAUUUUAGAGGUUUAAAUGGGUGUAAUUUUUUAAUAUUUUUAAUUUUUUGGUAACUCAUUAGAAAAGUUGUAAAAAAUUUUGGAUGAAAUUCUCUCCUUCAACUUUCUUCAGGGAAGCCUUUAAAGAAACAUAAUUAUGUAACUUAGUUUUUAUCACAUUGGCACAUUCAGGCAUAAAGUUGAGGUUAAUAAUCCUUCCGAAAUUUAAUUUAGGAUGGGGUAUAGGAACCUUGUUUUUCCGAAAUUUUUGCCUUAUAAUACAAAAGAUGGUUUAUUCUCAAAUUACUAAGUAUAGAAAUCAUAAGCUUUCUAAAUGAACUGAAUGCUCUCUUGAUAUUUUCUCAAAGGACGAACUUUGAGUUGCCUAGUCUUUAGAAUAUCUUGUCACUUAAUUAGCAUACUUCUAAAAUUUCCGAACUGUUUGAACGAUUGGGGAUACUUGAAAUCUCCCAAUUUAUCAGGUAAUGGCUCACUCUUUUAUCAUACUUAAGCCCUACAAAAUUUGCUUCUAAAUUUUUUUAGAAGAGUCUAUAUCAUAAAAAUUCUGAAUUAUUGUUAAA